CGUGAGAAUAUGCCGCACACGACUCUUUUGUAAGGAAGAUUCUUUCUUUAUAAUACACAUCUCUUGGCUCUAUAUAUAAACCCCCGAAGAACAAGCCAUUUUCUCUCUCUGCCACAAAUUCCCACUUCUUAGUUAUACUUAAUUGUGAUUCAAGAAUUGGUGCAUCCACACUUCUUUGUAUUGAAGCCUUUAUGUUAUUACUGGCAAUCAGUCUGAUUCAGUCGACUGGUUGCCAAAUAGCAUAUGACUCCCGAGAAUGCAUUGAAGCCCAGUACGGCCUUAAAUGGAGUGCAAGGAGUCCAUCUGGUGCCUCACUCACCGUUUGCAUAUGAAGAGAUAAAACAUGAUGGCGACUUCCAUGAAUCUACUUAUGGAAGAUCUGACUUUAGCUAUAACCAAAGGCUAAGAGUACAGAAAGUAUGGCAGCAAAGACCUGCUUGUCUGAGGCCAAUCCAUGGUUGCAUGAAUGGCGAUAAACAUCUUGCAGAAAGAGUCGCUAAUGUGCUAACUUCACUUCCUUUCAUUGCCCUUGGAAUCCAGGCCCCAAGGAAGAAUUUAAAUUGUAAACUCUACGCUAAUUCAUUAAUUGGAGUGGGAAUUGCUUCCAGUGCAUACCAUGCUUCAAGAGGAAAAUUGAGAAAGUAUCUCAGAUGGGCCGACUAUACAAUGAUAGCCACAGCAAGUGUGGUGAAAACAAGAGUUUUCAAAUAA